AAUGAACAGCUCAUUUUGUUCACUUUUCGCUGCGUGCUUUUUCUAGAUUUUGGUUGUUUAUAUUAAAGAUAUUACAUACAUUUCAUAUUACUAAAAUUAAUUGAGAUAUUGUGUGAAAACUGAUAUUGAGGUGUAUUAUACAUUCAUAACUAAUAUUGCAUAUUAGAAAGUUCAAUUGCCAUGGCUGAAACAGAGACGAAACAUGCUGAAGAACAUCACGAUGAGGAUGUGCACGAUUCCAACUACCAAGCACCGCCGGAGAAGACCAUCGCAGAGAUAAUGGCCGCCGAUCAGGAGGAUGAGAGCUUGAGACGUUAUAAGGAGAAAUUGCUUGGUGCUGCACAAGCAGAACAAAUUAUUGUUGAUCCCAAUGAUUCGCGGAAGGUUAUUGUCAAGAAACUGGCGCUAGUUGUCGAAGGACGCGAUGAUAUGGAAUUGGAUUUAAGCGGCGAUAUUGGUAACCUCAAAAAGCAGCUCUUUGUGAUCAAGGAAGGUGUUCAAUACAAGGUGCGCAUUGAUUUUAUUGUGCAACGUGAAAUUGUGCAUGGCCUUAAGUAUGUGCAAAAGACCUACCGAAUGGGUGUGCCAGUGGACAAAAUGACGCAUAUGGUUGGCUCUUAUCCCCCCAAGAAGGAAAUACAAUUCUAUUUAACGCCAGCUGAGGAGGCGCCCUCGGGCAUGGUAUCGCGUGGCACAUACUCUGUAUCAUCUGUAUUCACGGAUGAUGAUAAGCACAUACAUCUAAAGUGGGAUUGGACCUUUGAGAUCAAGAAGGACUGGGCAUAAGAAACAGCACAUACACCUUCAUACAGACACUUAAACUCAAACACACACACCCAAACAUAAUAGCACUUACUGAUGUACCAAAUUUAUGUAAAUUACUUUUGCAAAAUCGUUUGUAAAAAUGUUGCCCAAAACUUCCAAUUAUCAAGUAUUUUCGUUAACGGUAUUAAUCAAAAUAUUUUUGUAUUUUAAAAUUUGUAAAUGAAACCAUGAGAAGUAUUUUUGAUACUAUAUAAAUUGUGUGUGUGCUGAUGAAAAGUAAUUUUCGCCUAUAUUUCUAUAUGUAAGUCAACCAGUCAAAUCAGUCAGUCAGUUGAAUCAGUCAAUCAAUCGAUCAGUUAGUCAUUCAGUUGUACCACUUAACUCAGUCACUUCUAAAUGCCAUUGGAUAUGUAUAACAUAAAAUUCGCAAACUGAUUUAAUGAAAAUAAAUAAACUUUAAGAAAGUUUUGUGCAUUUUGCCUUGUAUUUAACAUAAUGAAAGUCCCUUUUUGAUUGUAUUUGUAUGUAAGAACUCAAUUUAAAUUUAAUACCAAUGUCCAAAGAUGUAUUCAUUGCAGUCGCAUCUUUAUAAUAAAUGUACUGCAAGUAUAAUUGUUGAAUGCAUUUGAUUUAAUUGAUAAAUUAUAUAAAACUUACAAUAUAAACAAAAUGCUAAACCCUGUACUCUAUUCUAACUAUCUAUCUGUGUAAUUUGUGUACAAUUUAAGCGAAUGAAGAAAGCGCAACUGAAAAGCAAUGAGAAUAAAAUGUAUUAAAAUAUA